AUGGCCAUUGUCAAGGGCGCCAACAAGGGUGUGGGCGCAGCCCGAUAUCUCAUAACCAAGGCGCGUGCUGCCUCAACAUCAGCAGUAACUGCGCAAAUGGCUCCUACACAUAGCUUGCCCCCUGGGUUCACAGCCCAGAUUGGACAACUAGAGGCUUGUACCCUGCCUGAGAGGGUUUCGGGAUCUGUGUCCGACAAGGCCAUAGCAGAUGCCAUGAUCGGUGCCUGGCGCCGGGAUGGCAUUUUGCAGAUUGACAUGUCAAAGACACAACAACGUCUUUACCAAGCCGCCAAUGCAGCAAGCAGGCGCUUCUUCUCUCGACCACCCGCACAAAAGCGGGCCUGCGUAGACCACAUGAGCUACUCGGGCUACAUCGCGUCUGGUGAGGAGAUCACUGAUGGCGUAGCCGACUACUCAGAGAUCUUCACCGUGACGAAAGAUCUCCCCCACACCGAUCAGCGAGUUGCCCAAGGCUGGCCGUGCCAUGGGCCGUGUCCGUGGCCUGACCAGAGUAUGAAGAAUGCCAUGAAAAGCUACAUGAGCGAUUUGGCUGUGUCGGGAGAGAAGCUGUUGCAGCUCAUCGAAAUGGGGUUGGAUGUUCCCACGGGGUCUCUCACGAGAUACACGGAUGAUGGGUGGCAUCACAUGCGUGUCUUGAGGUUUCCUCACAGGGACAGGACCAACGGAAAGGGGAAAAAGGGCCGUGGUAUUGGCUCUCAUACAGACUAUGGUCUGCUUGUCAUUGCCGCUCAAGACGAAGUUGGAGGACUCUUUGUCCGACCACCGCGUCAAGAUGAGCAGUUUGCAAACUGGGAGAAGACCUCAGCUGGACUAAGGGAGAAUGACGCUGGAUGGAUGUAUGUCCCUCCCGCCGCUGGGACAUUCACAGUGUUUCCAGGCGACAUGAUGCAGUAUAUGACCAACAACUUUCUCAAGUCAACGCCGCAUAAAGUCGGGCUCAAUGUUCGUGAACGAUUUGCCUUUGCGUACUUUCACGAACCCAACUUUCGAUCUGUAAUCAAGCCCUUGCCUGGUUACAAUGCCGGACAGUCGCCGAUUGGCGGGAUACACUAUGGAACUCAUUUCACAAACAUGUUUCUGAGGAAUUAUCCCGACAGAGUUACCACCGCUCGGCUCCGAGAGGAGGGCCGAUACCAUUUACUCGCGUCGGAGCAGCUUCGGGAUGAGGAUGGUGUGCUGUAG